AUGAACCCCAAUCUUGGGUCAUGCCAAUCAUCUCCCGGGCCUAACCAGCAACUGGCGUCGCCGCUUUUUGCAAAACUCCCCACCGAGCUGCGCGCCCUGAUCUUCACGGAGCUUUUUGGUGGCCGAAGAAUUCACCUCGAAUUCAUGCCGCAUCCCCUGCGCGCCGACAAAGUGGGCAAUAGGCGGAGAUGGCGGCAUGGCAUUUGCGAGGAUGGAAUGGAGACGCCUUUUGGCCGUGUGAUUGCUCACCAGCACUACUGUCUCACCGCUGCCCGUCGCCGAGCCCUCGACAUUUCCAUGCUCUUCACAUGCCACCGAGCGCUCAUGGACGGCAUCCCUGUUUUGUACCACAGCAACGUAUUUCUCGUCAUCAACAGCGGUAGCCGGAGACUGCCCGUCGAUGACAUCCGCAGCCUCCAGGCCAAGAUGCCCAAGCAUUGGCCUCUCGUACGAUCCCUUGAGAUCAAGUGGGAGGUGGCCCCUUUUGAUCGGAAUCACGCCAGCAUGGUGCCACACUCCUACGGUCGGGAUGCCUACGAGGCGUUUUGGGAUGCUCUGGCCGAGAUGCCCGUGCUCUCCCGCCUACGGAUCGCCCUCCUGAUGCCUCCUUGUCCCCAGACCGACCAGAACCCACACCCAUUUGCGCUGCGGGACUUGUACUUGGGUCCCAUACAACGUCUGAGAAGCCUCAGAAUGUGCGAAGUCGCCAUGCCAAGAUCGUAUGUCUCUGCCUUUGGCGCACAGGAGUGGGAAUCCAUCAUGGCUCGCACUUCCGAGGGCCAAUACCGCAUCUCCUGGGUUGACGAUGAUUCGGGGUUGGUACCGGCUGGGCCAGCCACGGCCCAGCUAUUCUACCUGCCCCGGGGCCAUUGA